AGACGGUGAGCAGCUUUAACGACGGGGUCAACUCAGUCUGUUCGGCUGCCUGAACACAACAUUUACUGUUUUCUGACAUUCAGAGAGAAAAUAAUAAGCUCGUAGAGAGACGCUGUCUGGUUUCCUCAGGCUGAGGGAUUGCGAUGCCCUCUGACUUUAUCUCCCUUUUCAGCGGGGACCUCGACCUGAAUUCUCCCAGAUCCUUGUACUCAAAAGAGUCAGCGUAUGACCUUCUCCCCAGAGAGCUACAGUUUCCUUUCUUCACUCAGCAGAGCCCGAAAACCAUGAGUCAAAAGAGCGGCGGAGAGGCCGGGCCUCCCCCUUCAGCUGCUCUUGCAUCAGAUGCCAUGUCCUCCUCUAUGACCAUGGACGGCCCCCGCAGUGCUUUUUCCACCUCUUCCAGCCCCACAAUGCAUUCCAGUGCCUCGGCCAGUGACCAGAACCCGGUUCACGGCGGCAGCGUCGACUCGGAGGACGCCAGGAGCAGCAGAGUGGUUCCAGAGGUUGCCGGCGCAGAAGGUGGGAACGGCAACGGCAGCAGGGGCGGCAGCGAGCUGGGAGCGGGAAGAGGCCUGACGCCCCAGGAGGCCCAGCAGCACCACCAGAUGACUCCUUCCAAGCGCCGCACGGUCCUGAACAUCUCUCCUCCUCCUCAAGACCUGUUCGACGACAGCCAGAUGUCGUGCCAGGACGAGACGUCUCUGGACUCGGAGCAGAGCAACAGCAUCUGGAUGGAGGACUCUCUGUCCAACUUCAGCAUCAUGAGCACCGUGUCGUACAACGACAACACCGAGGUGCCGCGCAAGUCCCGCAAACGCACCCCUCGGCAAAGACCCGGGCCCAAGUCGGCCCGCGCCGGGGAAGCCAGCAUGGACAUGUUCGAUGCAGACAGCGCCAAAGGGCCACACUUUGUCCUGUCGCAGCUCGGCCCCGACAGCAAGACGGGAUCCAAAGGAAGCUCUGAUGAUCCUCAGACGACGAACCAGAAAGGAGGAACUCUUUCGAUGCAAUAUCCACAGAAGAGCGAGGGGAAGGAUCUGAAGAUCCUCGUCCAGCCGGAGACGCAGCACCGAGCCCGCUACCUGACCGAAGGCAGCAGAGGGUCAGUGAAGGACCGCACUCAGCAGGGCUUCCCUACUGUAAAGCUUGAGGGGGUGAACGAGCCUGUUGUUCUGCAAGUGUUUGUGGGAAACGACACCGGGCGUGUGAAGCCUCACGGGUUCUACCAAGCCUGCAGGGUUACAGGCCGCAACACCACCGCCUGCAAAGAGGUGGACAUCGAUGGCACCACCGUCAUCGAGGUGUCCCUCGAUCCAAGCACCAGCAUGACACUAGCGGUGGACUGUGUGGGGAUCUUGAAGCUCCGUAAUGCUGAUGUGGAGGCUCGCAUUGGUGUGGCUGGAUCAAAGAAGAAGAGCACGCGGGCUCGGCUGGUGUUUCGGGUCAACAUCCCCCGUCCAGAUGGAUCCGUGCUCACACUACAGACUCCCUCAUCUCCAAUUCUGUGUACUCAGCCUGCAGGAGUUCCUGAGAUCCUGAAGAAGUCACUCCACAGCUGUUCAGUGAGAGGUGGAGAGGAAGUCUUUAUCAUCGGGAAAAACUUUCUGAAAGACACCAAAGUCAUAUUUCAGGAGAAUGUUUCUGAUGAGAAGUCGUGGAAGGCAGAGGCUGAGAUCGACAUGGAGCUCUUCCACCAGAAUCACUUGAUCGUGAAGGUUCCUCCGUACCAGAACCAGGCCAUCUCCUCUUCAGUGUGUGUGGGAAUCUACGUGGUGACGAAUGCUGGCAGAUCCCACGAUGUUCAGCCGUUCACCUACACUCCAGACUCAGCAAAAGAGCACGUUCCUGUGAAGACAGAGGCGCCUUCUCCGGUGAAGACUUGUUCAUUUGAUGAACAAAUUAAAGAUGGAGCCUUGAUGCCUUCCAUGUUGCCUUUAGUGAAGAGAGAAGACGUGACGCCGAUGGAGGUCACCAGCAACCUCCAGUCUUCUGGUGUUUUUAAGCCUGGUGAUUUGUGUCCGGCCCAGCAGAACCCAGACAUGACCGCCGGACAUCUCAAUAAAAACAGACAAUUCUCCAACAACCUGUCUCAGCCUGCAGGAGAGCCAGAUAAAGGCCCGGCUCCUGUUUUUACCAACACGGAGCCCUUAAGCACCAUCCAGAAGCAGGACAUCGCGGCCCCCAGCUCCUUCUCCGUGCCGGCCGACUCUCUGCUCCAGCAGGGGUCGCAGCAGUUCCUCCUGGAGCCCAGAGACGCUCUGGGGCCCGAGAGGCCCGGCAGUGGCUCCGGGGCUGUCGGGAGGCUGUGUGGAGAACCUGCACCUCCUCCUCAGCAGCAGCAGCAGCAGCAACUGCCCCUGUUCCCUCCUGACGAAGUGGCCCAGCUGGAGGAGGCGGUGAGGCAACUUAAAGCCAAAGGCUACUGUCUUCAGUCUGAUAACUCCAUGGCCAAACAGCAGCAGCAACACAUGCAGCACCAACAGCAGAUCCAAAAACAGCAGAUUCAGCAACAACAACAGCAGCAACAACAACAACAAAUCCAGCAGCAGCAGCUUCAGCAGCACCAACAGCAGCAGCAGCAGCAGCAGCAGCAGCAGCAGCAGCAGGUCCUGGAGAAUUUACAGCAGCAGCUGUUUCAGUCUCAGAUCCAUAUGCAGCAGGGCCCCGCACAGGGAGUCGUACCAAACCAGGGGACUCUCUUCCAACAGGCCCAGCAGCAGCAGCAGCAACAGCAGCAACAGCAGCAGCAGCAGCAACAAGCCGUUCUCUUCCAGCAGGCCAGUGACCUGCUGUCUAUCCAGACCAACUUCCUGCAGCAGACGCCCUCUCACCCCUCUCCCCCCAUGUUCCACAACCCCAGCUCUUUAGCUGAAACACAAGACCCUCAGGGGGCGCUGUUCCAGAAAGCGUCCCAGGAGCAGGUCCAGGCCGCCAUCUUCCAGAACACCAUGACCGUGCUGCAGUCUCCAGACCAGCGUCCCUCCACCCCGGUUCUCUUCCUCCCUCAGACCUCGCUGCCCUCUCAGCUCACCAGCAGCAGCGCUCAGCAACAGCAGCAACAACAACAACAACAACAACAGCAGCUGGCCUUCCUCAACGCUCUGCAGACUCCUUCCCCUGAGCCUCAGUCAGUGUUUCAGGCUCAGACUCAGCUCUCGCCCAUCCAGCAGAGAGGCCCCAUGGAGCAGCAGCAGCCCCCCCAGCCCCAGCCCCACACACAGCCGGCCCAGCAGGCCUCCCUGUUUCAGAACAUCUCCCCACAUGCGUCUGCUAACACUCUCUCUCCAGGCCAGCAGCAGCAGCAGCAGCAGACUGGAUUACUGUUCUGCAACAACCCCCUGUCCAGCCCGGAGCAGACCUCCAGCCUGCUGUUCAGCAGCCAGGGCCAGAUGCCCCCGCUCACCAGCAGCAGUCUGGUCCCCCAAGAGCCCCAGAACCCCUCCAUGCUAUUUUCCCAAGCCAGCAUGGUGGCCGUGAACCAGCAGGACCGCUCGGAGCCCAUGGCCCUGGGGAACCCCAGCGACCCACGGCAGCAGGUCAUGUUCCAGGAGCAGCAGCCCAUGCAGCUGGGCAGCAGCUCCAGCAGCCGGCAGGAGCAGCCGGUGGGCCUCUUCAUGCCUCAGGCGAACAUGGCGUCUCUGCAGGGGGGACUGGCCGCUCAGGAGCUCGCUCAGUCCGCCAUGUUCGCCUCGCAGAACGGCGUGGCGAGCCUCCAGACGACCACCUCGUCCCCCGUUCAGCAGCCGGGGACUCUGUUCCAGAGCGCCGUGAGCGGGAGCAUCAACCAGCCCAGCCAGCCGCAACAACCAGGACUCUUCCUGUUUGGGAUCGAGAACGACUGCGGCCAGCUGAUGAACACUCCUGGGAACACUCUGUCGGAUCAGAUCAUCGCCAUCAGCCAGUCGGGUCAGAACCAAAGAGAGAGCGAGGCUCACAUCCAGUCCCUGCUGAGCCAGUCCCUGUCUCAGUCCGGCCCGGUGCAGAACAGCAUGGCCGCCUCUCAGAACAUGGAGAAGAUCGACGACCUGCUGGUCAGCCUGCAGGAGUCGGGCAGCAACCUGACCCGCUCAUACUAACCUGCACACAGGUUCACACCUUUGUCUUUUAUUUUUAUUUUUAUGGAGUAAAAUGUAGACAAAAUAGUCAAAAUACUGUCUCUUGAUAAGCACAUGCAGUUAAAGAUUUGAGAAUUAGCCGUGCAUCAUGAAGUUCGAGACAAACAUAACAGCUGUUUUCUUUUAUUUGAUCACCAAAUGUUUGUUUUUUUGCCCAUCUCACACACUUCAGGACUGAGGAUUUAUUAGGAAAGAGCAGUUAUUGUGUCUCUUCCCUCCCAAAAAAACAAACAAAUCCUCAUGAUUUUUUCUCUCCAGAGUGGCAUGAAUGAUUUCUGUUAUCUCAAAUUAAUAUCCAGACAGUGAAUAAGGAAUUUAGUUUGGAAUUUCUUGACUGAAAAUGUGUCUUUUUGACUUAAAGACUGACUGACUCUCUGGUGUAACAAACAUGUAAAAUUUGAUUAACCCCCUAAAAGGAAAGAACAGACAAAUCAUAAUCACUGAGAAAAGCAACAUUUGGUGCUUGUCUUCAACUUUUCUUAUGAAAGUAAUUUAGUGGUCUUGUUAUUCAUUUAACUUGUGAAGUUGUGUGAGUGUGUGUGUGUGUGUGUGUAGACGGAUUGUCAGUGAUUUUAUCUGCAGCGUCUUUCGGUUCUCGUGGUGUUUUCUAAAGUGUUCUCCAAAGUGUUUAGUGGUUUCCAUGAAUAGUGUUCCCUUUAAUCCUUUUUGUAUUUUUGUUGCAUGGAAGACGUAGCGUGCGGUGUAGCAGGAAGGUUUAGAAAGAGUGCGGUAUGUAGGGAAGAUGUAGAGAGAAGCCUCUGUUGACGGGUGAAAUAGUUUUCACUGGAGAAACAGAAAGUGCAUAGAAAGAAGGUUAGAGACGAGGGAAAGUAAAGGUAGAAGAAAAGUAGAAAAGUGCUCUACACUAAUCUGAUGUGUAGAGGACAAACAAGUAUCUUAAAUGUGGGAUUAUUUCAAUGUUGUAGCAGCUAGCUUGCACCUGAGAAUAUAAAUAUAAUCAGAUCCGCUGUCUGUCUCGGAUGGCCGAUAAAGAGACGUAGAAAAAAACAGUGCUCAGUAGGUGUUUUAACUAAUAAUGUGAUGUUUUUAGAGGCCUGGCUGAAUAAGAUCUAGACUGGUUUUGUACGGUGGCCCUGAGAGCUCACAGCGCUGCAACUUAACAAAACACGUGCAAAUACACAAAACA